AUGUCUACAGCUGCAUUACGAUUUAGCGUCCUGACGGUGGAGUACAAAACCAUUAGCUUUAAGGUGCAAGACGUCGGUGGACAAGACAAAAAGAUCCGUCCGCUGUGGUGCCACUACUGUAAGAACACACAGAACCUCAUCUUUGCGGUCGACAUCAACGAUGGCGAUCGUUUGGAUGCUGAACGAGGACGAGCUGCUCCGCGUGCUGAACAAGUAAGCUCUGCAUCGCGUGCUGAACAAGAACGAGCUGUGGGACGCAGUGCUGCUGGUGUUUCAACCAUGCAGGAUCUAUCGAACGCCACGAGCGCGGCUGUAAUGACGGACAAGCUGGGUCUGCACGGUCUGUGCCAGCAGUGGUUGAUCCUGGUGUAUUGUGCCGCGAAGGGUGACCGGCUGUAUGGAGGUCUGGAUUGGCUCUUGCCUGGCUCCAGAAGAUACAGUUGGCAAUUACUCUGA